GUUUGUAAGCUCUGUUAACUGCCUCAUUUGGGGGGGGUGGGGCUUCACGUGAUUCAAGAGUGGGUACACCCUUAUCUUUGCAUGUAUUUAUAACAAAGCAUGUGCCCCCUUCACCACCCCCAAACUCCCCAAACUCUCUCUCUCUCUCUCUCUCUCUCUCUCUCCAAACUGAGGAGCAGAACAAAAUGAAGCAAAGCCUCCAUUCUGCUGCUCUUCUACUCUCCCUUCUUUUACUCAUCACCACCUCACAAGCAUUAGCCCGUUUCUUAGCAACCAAACAAGGAGAAGAGGAGCCAAGGGUGAAUGAAAUCACCACCGGGGUUACUUCUCCAACGGAGACGGAAGAAGAUGAUUCUAUGAACCUAAUGGGGAUAUUGGAAGAUUGUCACGGCGGAGACGAAGAGUGUGUAAAGAGAAGGAUGGAUGCAGAGGCUCACUUAGAUUACAUCUACACCCAACACCUUAAGCCUUAAUUAGUUAAUGGGAACAGAAGUUAUAAUUAAGCUAAUCUCUGUUGCAUGCCUAGCUAGUACUUAAUUUCCCACAGAAAUCUGUGAACCAUAAUUAAGGAGAUCACUUCAAGGCAGUCUUAAUUAUCUUAACCCCUCCCUGCCCUUAAUUUUGAGCUUCCAUAGUGUUGGGUUUUGGCUUUAGAGUUGUGUUUCGUUAUACCCCAUGUAAAUGUACUAAGAUUGUAAGUAGUAUUCAAUUAUAGAUGUGACUGUUUGCUCUA